CUGUGAAGAUAAAAGCUGACGACACGAGUCCUGAGUGUUGAGAGUUGAACAUCAGUGACAUGAAUUCUGUCGUGUUGACGGCUUUUGCUUUUCUACUUUUACGAGAAUGUAGCGGUCAGUAUUGCCGAAGUCUCUGGACUUACUAUGAAGGGUCGUGUUACAUCUUUGUGAAUGAGAACAGCAACUGGCAUGACUCCAAGUCCAUCUGUGAAACUCUUCGUUCCCACCUGGUGGAAGUGACUUCUGCUGCAGAAAACAACUUCGUAGCCAACAUUGUGAAACUACACAGAGUCACAAGCGUCUGGACUGGCCUGCAGGACUUUGAAGAGGAUGGACUCUUUGUCUUCUCGUCAUCACUACUCCCACUACAGCCCACUGACUACAGCCACUGGCAGGCCAGACAGCCAGACGAUGGUCGCGGUGGUGAAGACUGUGUAGAGAUUUACAGUUCUGGCGAGUGGAACGACAAUGACUGUGAUGACUCUAGGAGCUACCCCUUGUGUGAGCAGCUCUCUGCUGAGGAGCCAGUUGGGUGAAGCUGACCUUCGCAACAGCAUCAUGCAAGGACUAACUAUUCACACUUGCAAUUUUUGUCCAUUCGACAGGUCUCCGAACAUUGUUAAAUCUUGACAUCUUUAUCACAUCUCAUAUUGUAUGGAAAAUGGCACAAUAAAAAUAAUACGCUUAUUGACA